UAGUUUUUGUCUGUUUUGUUUUUGUUUUUCGUAAUUAAGUGAAAAACUGCAAUAUUACGUUGUCGUGUGCUAAUAAUUAACUGCCAACUGAAAACGGACAAAUUCUGUCUGAUGCAUUCUCUUCAAUAACCAUAAAAGAAGGAUGUCUUUCACGGCUGAUGAAGGUUCACUUUCACAAGAGUGUGAUUUCAAUUCAAACGAAGAUAAGAGUGUUUACAGUGAUUUUGAAGUUCACGAGCAUAAAUUUGGGGUGGAAAUCAAAGAAGAGGAAGACGAAGAAGACAACAAAGAGAACAUUUUACCGGCAAAACAAGGACAACCCAAGAACACGGUCUGCACAGAAUGCUGGAAAAGGUUUUCGCGGAAAGUACACCUCCAAAGACAUUUAAAAACGCACACGUCCACGGCGAAGUAUCACAGCUGUAAAUUAUGCGACUACAAGGCGCUGUACAAAUCGUGCCUACAAGUACACCUUCGCAUUCAUACCCAGGAUAAGCCGUUUGCUUGUACCGAUUGCGAUUAUAAAUGUAAAACGAAGCAGUGCCUGACGACACAUUCCAGGACGCACACUGGUGAAAGGCCUUAUCGAUGUAGCCACUGCUCGUACAGAAGUUCACAAAUGUCACACCUCAAAUCUCACAUGAGGAUUCAUACGGGUGUCAAGCCGUUCGUCUGCGAGAUCUGCAAGAUGAGAUACCCUUACAAAGCGAGUUUUCAGAUACACAUGAGGACCCAUACAGGAGAGAAGCCAUUCGUCUGUCCAAAAUGCGGAUACCGAAGUUCACAGUCCAGCAAUUUGAAGACGCACAUGAAAGUACAUUCUGACGUUAAGCAUUACGCUUGUACAGAAUGCGAUUACCGCUGUUCCUACGCGAGCUCCCUUAAAGCGCACAUCCGAGUCCAUACAGGAGAAAAACCAUACGUAUGCACCGUCUGCGAUUUCAGAACAACCCAAGCCAGCCACCUGAAAGGCCACAUGACCACGCACACUGGCGAAAAGUCGUUCGUAUGUGUUCUAUGCGAUUAUAGGUGUACGAGGCCGGAACAUCUGAGAAACCACAACAAAAUCCACACGGAAGAAAAACCAUUCUCGUGCGAAAUGUGCAAUUACAGGUGCAGGGAGAAAAAGACGUUGAAAGUCCACAUGAGAGCCCACACCGGCGUCAAACCGUACAAAUGCGCACAAUGCGACUAUCGCUGCGCUUAUUCGGGCGCACUGAAAUCCCACCUUUUCACUCACACAGGUGAGAAACCGUUUAUGUGCAUGAUCUGCCGAUUUAGAUGUGCUCGCAUAAGCUCACUCAAAUCUCACAUGAAGACUCAUACUAUAACCAAAGAAUUUUCCUGUUCUCAAUGCGAGUACACGACCAAUUUUUCAAGCAAUCUAAGAGUCCAUGUCAAAAGACAUUCAGUGAAAGUUAAGACCGACCACGAUUCAAUGGUUAAAACAGAAAAAUCGGAUUAAUCUCUUAAAAGAUUGAAGUCACUUCGAUUUCUAUUAGUUACCAGAAAAAACCUUUCUUUGGUCACAUCUUUUAUGCAUUUGCAAAUGUUAAAAUUAUAUUCUUCAUUCUACUUUACCUUUUCGGAAUAUACUUUCAUUUAAAUAAAUUAAAUCUUCAAUUCACUGUUUAAAUAAA